GGUAGCUUAGUUCAACUUCAUCCAUCCAUGGUUGCUAUUGUGUGUUGUCCUCGCCGGUCAGUGAAAACUCCCAUGGUGUGACCUUGCAACCGUUGAACACACACACACACACAGAGAGAGAGAGAGAGAGAUGGAGGCUGUGGCGACGGCCGCGGCCACCUCUUUCGUGGAGUGGAUGGUGCCGAAGCUCUUCGAUUUUUUAGAUAAAAAUCACGAGCUGCGGAAGAACCUGGAGCGUGACAUCAAGUUCAUCAAGGACGAGUUUGCCAUGAUUUCUGCCGUCAUCCAGGAUGAGCAAAACAGUCGCCAUGGAAGGGGUGAAGAGGUGCAUAAGGAGUGGAUCAGGAUGGUACGUGAGGUGGCGCACGCCAUUGAAGACUGCAUCGACCGCUUCAUGCACCGCGUGAGGAGGGCCAAGACAGGGGCCGGUUGGCUCCGUCGGGCUGUCCACCGGGUGAAGACGGUGAAGGCCCGUAACGAGUUCGCCAUGGCUAUCCAGGAGCUCAAGAAGAUAUCAGAGGAUGCGUCCAAGCUGAGAGGAGCAUACUGUAGCAGCACCACCUCUUCGCCAGGGCGGUCGCUGUCGUCUGAGCAGACAGAGACUGCAGCGGCGAUCGAAGAUGAUGAAGACGACGACCAUUCAGCAGCAUCAUGCCCUGUUCCCAUGGGUAUGGAAGAUCCCCGCGACGAGCUUCUGGAUCUGAUCCGGCAGCAGCAGCAGCUCAAGGUGAUCACCAUUGUUGGGUUCCAUGGUAUGGGCAAGACUCUCCUCGCCAAUCAUGUGUACAACUACAAGGCAAUUCAGACCCAAUACGAAGCACGGGCCUGGGUUCCUCCAGCGAAACUUGGAGGAACAGCCGCCAAUGUUCUCAGGGAGAUACUCGGGCAACUUGGCCAUCCCACCGACGGCCGUCUCACCAAGCUCCAGGAAAGAAUCAAAGAGUGCAUUGGGAUCAAAAGGUUCUUCAUUGUGAUUGAUGGCUUGCAGAAAGCAGGAUAUUGGCACGAUAUAAAACUGGCUUUUGCGGGGUUAAGCGGCAGAUUUCUGGUGACGACGACUAUUCAGCGCGUAGCAAAUACGUGCAGCAGCUCAGCUGUUAAUGAUCAUGUGUACACAAUGUCAACUCUUGCCAAUCAACACUCAAGACUAUUGUUCUUCAAGGAAAUUUUCCAAGAUGAUGAACUACCGCCAGAUGUGGAGGAGCUUGGCUCCGAAGCGCUCAAGAAAUGUGAUGGUCUUCCCCUUGCUCUUGUUACCACUGCCAGGUUCUUGCAAAGCGCAGGAAAUCCGACACCCAUGAAAUGGGCGAAGUUAUGCACCGACCUGGGUACAUAUUUGGAGAGUGAUGAGCUAUUUUCAAGAAUGAGGAGUGUGCUUGUGCAGAGCUACACCAGCAUUGAUAGCCAGGUUGCCAGGACAUUCUUGCUAUAUUUGAGUACCUACCCAAGUGGGCGUCCAAUCAAGAGAUCAACCCUGAUAAGGAAAUGGUUAGCCGAGGGGUUUUCACCGGGAAACAUUACAAACAAUGCCCUCGACGCCGCUACCAGCUGUUUUGAUAAGCUAGUUGACCGGAGUAUCAUCCAACCUAUUGAUGCUAGUGGUAACAGUACAGAGCUGAAGACAUGCCAUACCCAUGGCAUGAUGCUGGAGUUUGUCAUCCGCAAGUCCAUGUCUGACAACUUUCUUACCUUGUGUAAUCAGCCGUCUGCUCCACCCCUACCCAGCAAAAUCCGCCGGCUGUCUCUGCAUAAUACAAAGCCUAGAGAAGUGAAUGAUCUAUCUCUUGUCCGGUCACUGACUGUCUCCGGCGAGACACACCCAUCAAUCCUGGACUUCUCCAAGUAUGAACUGAUGCGAGUUUUGGAUCUAGAAGAGUAUGAUCAUCAGAUGUCAGAUGGCCAUCUCAAGUUGGUAUGCAGAAACCUGUUGCUGCUGAGAUACCUAAGCCUCGGAGCUGCUGUUACGGCGCUUCCAAAAAAUAUCAAGAAGCUUCAGUUCUUGGAGACACUGGAUGUAAGAAGGACGAAGAUAGAGAUUCUGCCAACACAAGUCAUGGAGUUGCCAUUUUUACUUCAUCUGUUUGGGAAGUUCAAGCUGAAACAAGAUGUAGGAGCCCGCAGAAUGAGUAAGCUACAGGCGUCGUUGUCAGCCAACAGCAAAUUGGAAACAGUAGCAGGAUUUGUUGUGGACAGCAACAAGAGCCAAGGAUUUGCACAACUCAUGGAUCAUAUGAAGCAUUUGAUAAAGGUGAAAAUAUGGUAUGAUUCUUGCGCCGAUGCCAGCAGCACAAGUACUCUCUCGAAGGCCAUCAAGGGGUUCAUCGAGCGAGGUACCAAUUUCACGACUUCACUUGCACUCUCACUCAAUCUCAGUGGUGAAAGUUCUCAAGACUUGCUAAAUUUCUCCCUUGAAACUGGUAAAUCCUACUAUCUUAGCUCACUCAAGCUACAAGGGGGCAAUAUAUUCAGCCUACCCCCCUUUGUUACCAUGCUGGCUGGUCUCAAUAAGUUGUGCCUUUCAGUCACUCAUCAGCUGAGUCGUGACAUUUUUGCUGCCCUGAGUGAAAUGCGCAGCCUGAAGCAGCUGAAGCUGACUGCGACUCAACUGGACAAGCACAUCAUCGGACAAGGUGCAUUCAAAAUCCUGGAAGACCUAUGGAUCACGGUGGAAGUGAUGACUGCGCUGGACAUCGAAGACGGAGCUCUGCCGUGCCUCAAAUCGCUCCGGCUGCUAUGUAAAAAUCUAGAUGGCUUUUCCGGCACAUCGGCGAUCAAAUACUUUAAGCGCCUCAAGGAGAUUGCUCUUCAUCGUGAAGUGGGUGGUGACACAAAACAGAAGUGGAAAGAAGCAGCAAGGAAACACCCAAGAUGUCCCAAGAUCUUGUUUGUCUAGACAGCACAUCAACAUCCAGGCAGUACAGGCUGCGACUUGCUAAUGGCAAAGCAUUCUCGUAUUGUGCUUAUUGGUUGAUGGCCAUUCAUCAGCAUGAUCAAGUGCGUCGAAUAAUUUAGUCCUCUUUGCUCUCGUGUCGAUUUGGUGGCUUCCCCGCCGUUCGUACUUUUAUGUUGAGUCACCGCUAGGAUUUAUUUAUUUCUAACAGAUCGAAGUUAACGAUUUUCUUUGCAAGAAAUAUGGUGACUUCCUGCUGUAAUAAAUAAGUGUACUCUGUUUAUUGU